GUGUUUUUCGUGUUAAUUAUAACUUGCGAAUAUGUCACUGAACGACUCAUUGAACGGAUAUGAAUGAAUCUUUUUUGUAGAGAUUCAAAAGAUUCGAAUUACUGAGGUCCCUUCCACGUGAUGGCGCUACAGAAAAAAACCAAGGUCCUGCCAUUUUUGACACGGAAGCAAAUACAGUACGUGCUUCUGCUUUUGAAAACCCAGAAGGCAAACGUGUUAAACUUUACCAUUCAAAACAAGUGUUUCUCUCAUGUUGUCAUAAAUGAGCGUUUGAAAACCGCAUGCAUCGACAUAUCUGUGAUCAUUUACUCAGCGUGGGAUUUUAGUGGAUGUGAAUGACUUCAGUUGGUGACUUAACAGAAGUUAUGGAUCAAGAGUCAUGGCUCAGCUGUGAGAAGACUGCUGUGCUUCAGGGAGGAUUCUUACUGGCAAAUCAGCUAUGCCAACCUGAGCCACUGCUGUCUCUGAAAAAAGAGGACUGGGAUCGGAUUGGACGUCCUAUUGUCAAUGCAGUCAAAGAGAUUUGCGAACAUUCACUCAAAGACACCAAAGACAGAUUCCAUUGGAGAAAGAGGAUUCUCUGUAUUGUGUGGAGCAAAAUCUUAGAGGUGAGGAACAAAGAGGACAUUAAUAUCAGAUGGAAGGAAGACCCAUUGUUUGCUGUGCAGAACAGCCUUCCUGAUAUUAACCACACUGUGCUGUUUGAGCUGGUGAAGUCAAUGAGCUUUUCUACUAUUUAUGUGGAGCUGCUGAUGUGCUUUCAACCAGCUGAACGGUGUGAGGAGCUCAAGCUGCUUGUUGAUCAUGUGUCAAGCAGCAGCACAGAAACAGAUGCGAAGCUGCUGUUGGAGGUGUGGUGGGAACUGCUGAAGGGCAAGAGAGGAUGUCUUGAUGCCUUAGACCAGCUCUUUACAGCUCAUUUUUCACUCUGCAUGACUGAGCCAUCACCCCUGGCAUCAAAAAGAUUCAAACCUGACCCAGAAUCUACAUGUGUGGUGCAUGUACUGUUUGAAGGACUGAGGAAAAUAAAAGAGCAUUUGACGUCAUCUGAGUUGUGUUAUUUUGCCCUGUCUAAUUGCCUAGACACAUUGUAUACCAACUACCUUUUAGGUAAUACUGCUGAUCUCUCCAUAGAAAUGAAACUCCAAAGCAUCUCUCGCACAGUGAGCCUUAAAAAGAGAAAUGAAGGGCUGGAUGAUUUUGACCUGAUUGAGAUCAUACGUGAGGCUCAGAGAGACCUUGCUGCCACUCUCACUCCAGCUGAGACCAAGCCAUGUGGAAUGACCUUCAUCCAGGCCAUGCAGGUCACACUUGAGAUUAUAUGCUCCUGGGAGGUUAUGGGGCUUCUGAAGAUGCCCAGCAAUGACCCAAGUGUAAUGGUGAUGCGUCUAAAAGAUAGCCUGGAUAGAGUUCUGACUUCUUUGGAGCACCGAUCACAUGCAAAAGAUCUGGUUGGAAAUGGACAGACUUUGAAUAAUUUGCUGGUAACUUUGAAAGGCUUAACAGCAUCUUUAUCAUUCACCGUUCCUGAAAGUUCUGCAGCAGAAGUAGCAAAUAUGUCCAUCACUAUUUUAGACCACCAUCUUGAGGGGUUUGAAGGUCUUCCUGGACUGUUUGCAUCCAAACUUAGUCAGAAUUUCAGUCAGAUGGAGUGGAUUCAGUGUUUGGAGAGAAAUGGGAGUUUGUUUCAAACCAAAGAGCUUCUGAUAACAUUGAUCUCCACGCUUACAGCUAAAUGUCAAAGUGAUGCUGAUGUUAAGUACUGCAAAAAGCUCAAGGAUAUUAUCGUAAACCUAUUUUCCCACUUGUCAUUAUCUGACAAAAAUGCUACCCUUUCAGAAAUGCUCUCCAUCUCUAAAAAAGGUCUUCAUGGAUUUCUUCCCAGCUCUGUAACUAUAGGUUUCUCCGAGGAGCUCAAUCUGGCCUUUAACAGCAUAAUUCAAAGUGGUGCGAACAGCAGCCUUGAUGCAGCAGUCUCUGCUGUGGCCCGAGUGGCUUUCCAGAAUCCUGAAGCAACUUUGCGGAGAUGCUGUCACAUGGCUGUUGUUAACCUUGGAGCUCACGCUCUGAUAGCCGAGAUUCUCCAGCAGCUCUCAGGUCUCACAUCUUCACCGGCAGUUCAGAAAGACAAUCUGCUGUGUAGGUGCCUGCAGGACACUGUGUGGAGUAAGCUAUCCUCACUUCAAGAGGAGAACCAGUUUCUGCAAUUUUUGGCUGAGCUGAUGAAGUGCAACAUAACUGGAAGCACAGGAGAAAAGCUGAGUUUCCUUCCGCCAGAAGAAGUCUUGCAUGCAUUUGUCCAGCCAUACCUUCUCCCAGCAUCUUCCAGUUCAAGCAACUUAGAGUUUUGUCUUCGACUUCUUCAGUGCACCCUGAACCAGGAGACCACGAGUGACUCAGUGCAUUGGAUCAUGAGCUGCUCUCCAUUCCCGCUUUUAUAUUGUCUGGCUCAGCUCUUGAAUGAGUGCAGUAGGUGCUGGGACCAGCCAUUAGAAAGCGAGAUACAUAUUUCCAUGGAGUCCAAAGAGCUGCUCUUAUCUGUACUGCACACAUUGGGGAUAAUUGUUGGCAAGGAAGUGGCCCAUGCACCUGAUUCUUGGUCCAGAGCUCUCUUUUGGCUCUACAGCAAAGUGGAGGAACUUGAUUGGACCGUGCGUUUUUACCUGAAGGAUGUAUGGGGAAACCAUUUUAAGUAUGAAGUUCCAAACUCUCUGUUGUCAGUUUGUGAUCUUCCUGAGCAGGAGUGGUCUGGCCUGGACUUACCUCAGUAUGGACAAGGUACUGGACUUGUAGCAUGGUUUGAAUGCUGUGCGCUGUCAGAUCAUGUUCAUGAUGCAAUGCUGGAAUCUCUCUCCCUAAACUUGAUGAAACCAGAUGAAGUCAACAUGUUCGGCAAGGGCCUGUUAGUUGCAUCAUGUCAGAUUCUCCCGUGGUGCACAUCUGGGGAAUGGGAAAGACUUUUGAAAGUGUUACAAGAACUUUUAGAGUCAGACCAACUCUAUGUGCCAUACUCUUUAGAAUAUGUUGAUUUCCUUCCAUUACUCAAUCUGCGUUCGUUUGCUAAUGAGUUGCGCCUAUCAGUCUUUCUUUUGCGGAUCUUCCAGCUGCUCUGCAGUUCGAGCUGUUCUGAUUGGCUUCCACCUCAAGGCUGGGCACAUACAGGACGGCUUUAUGCCAAUGCUAUGAGGGGCAUUAUCAGAUCAGUCACCAAGAAGAUUCCCACUACGCCAACACCCAAAACUGAGAAGAUUCCGUCUCCCCCCUUCCCCAAUACAGAGAAGAUUCCCUCUCCGCCAUCCCCCAAAAUCGAGAGCAUUCCCACUAUGCCUUCCCCUAAAACCUCAGGAGCUUGCAGUCAGGAAGUUCUGUUUGUGUUGACUCAGCUCUUCUGCCAUGUGCUUCAUGUGCAGGUGAUGAUACCCGGCCAGCCAGAGGCACUGUUCCUGUGUGCCCUGGAGAUUUUGACCAACUAUGAGGCUGUGCUCUCAGCAUAUCCCGACAGCUGCACUGCACUUCAGGGACUCAACACACGUCACUUCUUCACUACAAUCACAGACAAUUUGAAUAGUGCAGACAUGAAAGCUGCUCUACACCAGAAGAUAGCUCAGUUAUAAGAUUACACCAGCAACUCACAAUUAAUGACUGCUACAAAAUGAGUUUGAAUUUGUUCAUUUGGUUUGUCACAGAAGAAAGUUAAAUAAAUAAUUGUGCAUAGUA